UUACCAUUUACCAUUUAGGGAUUUUCUUUCUUACCAAACAGGACAGGGAAAAGGACUGUUAAUUUCCGAGGCCGUGGUUUGUGGGUUAGAAAAGCGCUGUAGGGAUUCGGCAACCACAUCACCGCCAAUCAUCGCCGCCGCUCACCGCCGCCACAGUCAUUCACCAAGGCAACGCACCAUGUCGAGAAGGUAAAAUUGUCUGGGGUUUCUUGCUUGCAUUUAAAAACUCUUUUUCGAGAGCAUAUUGGUGCAAAACUUGACUGGAAUCGGAUGCAAUGGGAGCAUCCAGUGGGCCAAGGUUUUCUGGAAUGCAGAAGCAAGUUCUGGGGCUAUAUAGAGGAUUCUUACGGGCAGCACGUUCUAAAUCUCCUGAAGAUCGGCGACAAAUUGAAUCAUUUGUUUCAGCUGAAUUCCGCCGCAAUUCUAAGCUUGUUGAUCGGAAGAAUUUUCUUUACAUUGAAUAUUUGCUUCGCCGAGGUAAAAAACAGCUUGAACAACUUAACAGCCCAGCCACUCUUGGAUUGUCAUCCUUGAAUUUGAGUUUCUCUGAGAACCAAAAACCUUAAGCCCUGUCUAAAAUUCAUAUUUUUAAUUUUUAAUCCAUCCAUGGAUUUACGAGUGUUACAAUACAUGAAUAAUAGGUAUGUUGGUCGUUUUCAAGAAUAUAAGAUUUUGUGAUUCAUUACUUUUUCA